AUGCAUGUAAUUAUACAUGGGAACAUUGCAGCUAAUGAGAGUUCAGAUGAUAAGGGUAUAAUAGGAGCUAUUUUAGAUAAGAGUUCUCGCAUUGGCCAAGAGCAUGCAGUGGCUAUGAAGCUGGCAUUGGAAGAUUUUUAUCAAAAAAGCAUUCAGAGUUUUUCUCUGCAUAUAAGAAACUCUCAAGGGGAUCCUCUUUUGGCAGCUAUUGCAGCUAAAGAUCUCAUUGAUAAUCAAAAGGUGCAAGCCAUCAUUGGACCACAGACAUGGGCAGAGACAUCUUUAGUGGCUGAAAUCAGUAGCCAAAAGAGGAUACCUUUCCUUUCUCUAGCAGAAGCAACUCCAGAAUGGGCAAUGAAGAAGUGGCAUUUCCUGCUGCAAUCCUCACCUAGCCAAAUAAUGCAGAUGAAAGCUAUUGCUGAAAUUGUAAAGUCUUGGAAACUCUAUAAUAUUACUAUGAUAUAUGAAGAUGGAGACUCAUCAUCCACUAAAAUUUUAUCUCAACUCUCUGAAGCUCUUACAAAAUUUGGGACAGAAUUAAGCAAUGCUAUAGCAAUCCCACCUCUAGUUUCUUCUUCAUUGUCCCAACAACUUGAGAAACUAAGAGAAGGACAAUGUAGAGUCAUUAUUGUCCAUUUAUCCUUUCCUUUGGCACUAAACCUCUUUGAAACUGCAAAAAGAAUGAAUAUUAUGGGGGAAGGUAAUGUAUGGAUUACUACUGGUUCCUUUACAAGCCUUGUUCAUUCCUUGAAUGCAUCCACUAUCUCCAAUAUGCAAGGGGUUAUUGGAGUCAAGAGCUAUAUCCCAAAACUAUUUCCCCAGUAUGCUGACUUCUACCGUAGAUUUCGGAAAAAAUUUAGCUCGGAGAAUUUUGAAGAGUUUAAUUAUGAGCCUGGGAUCUUUGCAGCCGAAGCUUAUGAUGCUGCAAGGAUUGUGGUUGAUGCAAUGAGGGAAACCAACCAAAUAGGGGGUCAACUUUUGCUAGAUAAGAUUAUGCUUAAUGAAAAGGCUUCUUAUAGUUCUUCGGUGAAGGAAUUAGGAAAAGUUGUUAAUCCAACAUGUGCCAUACGACUGAGAAUUGGUGUCCCUUCCAUGUCAAACGUCAAACAGUAUGCCGAAGUUAUUCAAGAUCUUUCUCAAAAUGUUCCUUCCUUCAACUUCAAGGGAUUUUCCAUAUGUCUUUUUGAUGAAAUAGUAAAAAAAUUGCCAUACCGUCUGGAAUAUGAUUAUUUUGCCUUUAAUGGUACAUAUGAUGAGCUGGUGAAGCAAGUUUAUUUGAAGAACUAUGAUGCAGUUGUUGGUGAUGUAUCGAUAGUGUCCACACGUUAUGAAUAUGCUUCAUUCACUCAGCCCUAUACUGAAACCGGACUGAUGAUGAUUGUUCCUAUUAAAUCAAAGACAGGUGAUAGAACGUGGCUAUUCAUGAAACCUUUCACAAAGCGCAUGUGGAUUCUAAUAUUGUUCAUCAUUGUCUACAAUGGUUUUGUUGUAUGGAUUAUUGAAAGAAACCACCUUUCACAAUUUAUGAAUAUUUCUUGUGACCUUCCCAUAUUGAAAGGUGAUAAUUAUAAGGUUUGGAAGGAAAGAAUUCUCCUUCAUUUGGGCUGGAUGGAUAUUGACUAUGCUAUAAAGAAGGAUGAGCCACCGGCUAUUACUGAAACUAGCAAACUUGAUGUUGUUGACCUUUAUGAAAGGUGGGAGAGAUCUAAUCGUCUCUCCGUUAUGUUCAUAAAAACCAACAUAUCCGCUAGUAUUCGGGGUUCAGUUGACCAGCAUGAUAAGGUCAGAGAUCUAUUAAAAGCUAUUGAUGAACAGUUUACGACCUCUGAGAAGUUGCUUGCUAGCACACUCAUUAUGCAAUUCUCUUCCAUUAAGCUUACUGGAACGAGAGGUGUACGUGAACAUAUCAUGCGCUUAAGGGACAUAGUGGCUCCGUUGAAAACCUUGGAAGUUACCAUGUCUAAAUCCAUCCUAGGUAUGGAAAGCCUAAGGAAGCUAGUGGGAAGUGAGCAGUGCAUCUACUCAGGGAGUAGGAUGAGCUCGCAUUACACUGUGCCUGGUUCUCCGGAUCAGAAUGGUGUGGCAGAACGAAGAAAUCGAAGCUUAUUAGACAUGAACAUUUCUUCUGAAAUGGAUCACUAUGAAGCUAAACCUUCUGGGACAGGUAAUAGAUUGGUAGUCAUCCCCACCCCUCAAGUUAAAAUGGGUGUUAGACAACCAGUGAUUGAAGUUCCACAAGCUGUUGAAAGUGAUCAUGUAGAUCAAGUUGUUUGUGAGGAACAACAUGAUAAUGUUGAACAAACUGGUGAAGAACCGGUUGAACAAGAUCCUCAUCAGGAUGACCAAGCAGCAUUAAGAAUAUCUACUAGAGUAAAAAGACAGCAAUUCCUAGUGAUUAUGUAG